AUGGCGGCAAGUGCAGAAGAACUCUUCGAUGCCCUUGGGAAACGAUACGAAGACGCCUUCGCUGAUUGCCCCAAUCUCCAUAAAUUCUUAGAACUCGCAUUAAAAAGGCUGCCAGAGCAUAGCAGAGUCCUAGAUGUAGGCUGCGGAACCGGUAAACCAGUUGCCUAUACUCUUGCAUCUGCAGGCCACCAAGUUCAUGGAAUCGAUAGCUCCCAAACCAUGAUCAACAUUGCCUCCAGUCAAGCGUCCGGCAAGUUCGAGAAAGUUGAUAUGAGAAUAUAUGAGCCUGGAUGUACCUUUGAUGGCGUGUUUGCGAUUCUAUCCCUUUUUCAAUUUACACCAGGCGAAAUAUAUUCUAUGUGCUUCAAGUUCUCCGAAUGGCUGAAGCCUGGCGGGUAUCUGACUAUUGGCGUUACUCCAAGUACAGACUUGCCUCCCGGCGAGUACAUCUAUGAUUCCACAUGGAAUUGCACUCGCCAAAUGGGAAAACCAUGGAUGAACAGCUAUACCGACGAGUCAUUUUUUUCUGAGGAGCAGUGGAAGGAGAUUCUCCACAGUGUUAGAUUUGAGAUUGAGUCAGAAUCUCGCUAUUCUUUCACCCCGAAUGACCCGGAUUUCAACCGCGCUGAGGUUCAAUAUCUCCAACUAGCAAGGAAGGUUGAAGAUCAGCAUCUUCUGGGUCCAUAUCCGUGGCCAACUGAAAAUGAACUGCCCACCACGUCCUCUGCUUGUUAUUCUGCCAACAACCUAGUAAGCGAGCAGUUAGAUGCUCUUCUUAGAAGUUAUACGAAGGAGGAAGUCCUCUGUUUCGGAUGCAUUAAUAAAGACUGUGUGAGCACCAAGCCAAACAUUCGUACGUUUGACGGCUCUAUAGAAAAGUUGCCAUUCUCGGCAGAGCAGUUCGACGUUGUCUUGGUAUCAUGGAAACUCGAGUCUGCCGUCGAUAUGGAAGGAGCACUGGCAGAGAUAUUGCGCGUUACGAGGACAAAUCCAUCAUCUCGGAUCAUGAUAAUUCAGGGAGCACCAGACAAUGAAUUCAUUCGUUUCCUUAACACGACCUCCUGGCUUCCCAGCGCAAGGCACCAAGGCCGUCUUCUCCACUUUGCCAAAGAGUAUAUGGCAGGGCACGGGUUUGGUAAGGCUACGGUGAGCCAUAUUAGGGCGCAUUAUGCCUUCCCUGAUGAAGAUAUUUCGACAAAAUGCAAAGCAGCUGUUGAUCUCCUCGCUGGGGAUGCGUCUUCCAUUGGCGAUAGGGAGGGUCUUAUCUCAAGACUUGAACUUCAUUUCCGUGGAACUGAGCAUGCGAUUGGGCAUAAUAUGGUCAUGCUGGACAUGAACUUGACUGCAAAUUGA